UUUUAAGUAUCACAAAUUUUUAAGUAAAAAAUACAUAUAAUUUUAGGUAUAUUCACGAGAACAAUACUAAUUUUUAGCUUUUUUUUAAUUUAAACCUGCAUAUACCCGCAACUCGUACCACACCACACCAUCUAAGAAAAAACUUACUUUAACCCGCUCUGCACCGCAUAACUUAAAACCCGCACCGCUCCGUAUAGCUUAAAACCCGCACCGCACCCAUACUGCCCCAUUGCCAUCCCUACUGAAAAGGUUCUAUUUUUAUUGUUAUUGUUAUUGGAAAUUGAAGCUGGACUAAAAACUUUUGCUUGCGAGCUUCUUCUGUCAGUUCGCCAAACAGACUGAAAAUGCUAUCUUUAUUAGUUUUGUUUAUUUGAUGCAGUGAUUGUGGUAAUCUUGUAUUUAAAACAAAUGAAAAUGGUAAAUGAUGUAAAGGGUUUUCUUUGACAUUUGUAUAUCACUCUGCAAGUAAACAAUUAGAAAUUGGAGAAAGGGAAAGCUCCAGCCUCCAACUCUGAUACAAGCCAAAUGGCCUUCGGGUUGCUAGAGAGGAUGCUUACGGGUCAAAUGACACUUGAAGACUUCUUGAGGGCUAUCGAAAGGCAUCCAUUGGAUGAUUAUGAUACCAAGGAGACUCAAGGGACGUUAGAGCGGCCAAUAGAAGACCAAACGGGGCUAGAAAGCCUCGAAAGAGGAGAUGCGCCUCAUCCGCUUUGGAGGUGCGCCCAACCCGCUCUAGAUCCGCUGAAGCGGGUCAAAACAACCCACUUUACCCUUGGAAUGUACCCCAUGUGCGCCCCAUAUGCUCAAGCAAGUGCCUAAUGGCUUCUAUGUGUGUGUCUUUCCUAAAUGGGUCACUUUUGGGCCCAUAUGAUGUAAUAACCUAGCCUAGACUAUAAUCGGACUUCUUUUCAUUUUAGUAAGUAGUUUAUGUUGAAUUAUGAAUUUGAACACUUGUGAGACUGUAAGGCAGGCAAGCGUGGAUUCACUUGUGUUGAUCUUUUGUUUAGAAACAUGGGUUGCUUGGGAAUCGAUUUCCUUGAGGACUACGUAAGAUUUAGGUGUUUUAUUUGGUUUAAUUGACUGAGGGUUUAGGGUUUGAUACACUCUUUAUUUGCUUUCAAUUCCUUGCACUGUGUCUAUCUUAUUGCUUUUGUAUCUAUCUUUAGCUUUUGUAUUCGUAUCGUAGUUUAGUUUUUGAUUUCGUACUUUGUUCGUGUAUCAUUUGGUAUCAGAGCCGAGCUUAGAAUCGUUCCCACAAUUCUAGUCUUGGGUUUUGCUAUCUCGAAAAUCAACAAAAAGGAGAGUCAAAAAUCGAAAAUUUCCAAAAAAAGUAUUAUUCACGUUUUAGUCCUAGUUCAAAAUUGUAGUUUUUGGUUUUGUGUUUUUCUUGUGUUUCUAGUGUUAGAUUUGUGUUCUCUAACACUAUAGGAGUCUAGGGUUCAAAUUUGAGCUUAAUCGGAGUCCAGUUGAGAGAUACCAUUGUUGAGAGCUUGAACUUGAAGAAAGUGAAAAGAAAUGAAAAUCUGGAAAAGUUGGUUAUGAAUUUGAACAAACUGAUGUGUGGAAUGUAUUUAUAAGGUUGAAAAGAGCCUUGGGUCAAAAUUUCAUCGCAUUUCGAUCAUUGGUUCAAGAGUUAGAGCAUUUUGAAGUUUUGGUGUUCUUGGGGAAGAUUCGUAUCUUUAUCUUGAAUUCUUAGUAAAAGGUGGUGUUAGAUUAAAAAAGAAGGAAGAAAAUUGUGGAAAAAGUGUUUGUACAAAAGCAUAAAAGAAGAUUCCAUAAGAGAGUACAAAAAGGGGACCAUUUGGAGGGCAAUUUUGGUCAAACACAAAGGGAGAGGCGGCCAAUCCGCCUUGCACCUUCUCCAAAGGUGCGCCUGGUCUGCCCUUGACCCGUGGCCGCACCUCAAGGCAGUAUCCAAGGUCCUAAGCUGCGUCCAAAGUGCCCCUGACUUGCGUCCCAACUGCUGGAGAAGGCUGCCCCAAUGCACAUCACCCAUACCCAACGCAAAUCAUUUCCUUUUGACGUGAAUCAACUUCAACAACACCAAUCCAAGUUUAUCAACACUUUCCAACAUCAAUUCAAGUCUUAAAACACAUCUCAACAUCUUUAAAACUCCAUUGCUCAAGGUUUGAUUCUUAGUUUUCAUUUCUUGAUUCUUAAAUUUCUUCUUUGAUUCUUAACGACUCAUCAACUAGUAACUUAUCUACUAAGUUGAUUUAUAGUUCUUGAGUCCUUUUCUUUCAUCGUCCUACUUUUCUUUCAAGAUUUUCUCUGUUGGAUUCGUUGUUAGUUCUCGACUCAAGUCUGUAUAUAUUUUCUUUGAGUCGUUUCAAACAAGGAUCUAUUCUUACCUCAAUCCACAAUUGGCACCAAGCGAUCUCAUUGGAGUUCAAACGAGCUAUCAACACUUGUGAUGCCAAUUGAGAGAUGAACUAAAGGUGGAAACUUUGAGAGCUUGUGAGGUUGAUUUCAUAACCGUUAAACGUGUUUGUUGUUUUUGUUUUGUUUUAGUAUUCCUUUUAUAUAGGUACCAUGGCAUCGGGAGAAGGUAGCCCAAGAGCUUCGGGCGAGAUAAACAUGGAAACUUUAAUGGUGGCCAUAAUGAGUGUGAAACAAAAUGUAAAUCAAAGAAUGGAAAGCAUGGAAAGUUCACGCUCAAGAAGGAUGGAUAAAAUAAUAGAUCGCCCAUACUCCCCUAACUCCGUCCUAUCCAAUCCACCAAAUUCCCGAGCUUCUUUGAGUGGACAUGCUCCAAACGAACUUCAAGGUUUGGAAUCGAGGUCAAAUCCUUUUCAAGAAAGGGAGGAUGGUACAAGCCAAAUGGCCUUCGGGUUGCUAGAGAGGAUGCUUACAGGUCAAAUGACACUUGAGGACUUCUUGAGGGCUAUCGAAAGGCGUCCAUUGGAUGAUUAUGAUGACCAAGGAGACUCAAGGGAUGUUAGAGAGGCCAAUGGAAGACCAAACGGGGUUAGAAAGCCCUCGAAAGAGGAGAUGGCCCCAUCCGCUUUGGAGGGAGUCCCGUGACACGCUGGGCAUCUACAACAUUUGGUGCUGGGUUAGGCAUAGGAUCUUCGUACACAGAAUGCUCUCAUAAAUUUGGUGGAUAUCCUGGAAAAUCAAAUGCUAGUAUUUCCGAGAAUCCUAUUA